UUCGUAGUAAAAAAAAAGUGUGAAAAAAAUGCCAAGUAAACAAAAUUCAGCGCCAAGGUCGUCGCACAAGUCCUUGGUAGAUUUUAAACCAAAAUUUUUGGAUUUUAGAGAUAUCGAGAAUGAAAGUCAACCACUGGCCAAAAGGAUUCUACUAUCAAUGCAAACUGAAGCGGGUAAAUCAAUGGUUCAGAAUAUGGUUGCAUCGGCCGCCAAAAAGGUAAACAGCAACAUUACCUCGCCUCCAAAGGAGAAAGAACCAGAAUUGCUGCUGUUCCCAUCGAGAACAAGCCUGGUGGCUCCAAAUUUUGAAAAACCGAAGCCGCUUGCUGCAGGAACUAAUUUAAAUGGAAAGACGACAAAUUCAACAAAUGUUUUACGAAAACGCGACUAUAAUCAGGCUUUCAAUCAAGUAAAGUCCUUUAAUGAUAAUGAGAAUGAGAAAAUGAAUGAGAAUGUGAGUUAUUUAAAUAAUUGGCCCAUUCAUGACGACACAAAUAAAGAGAAUCAAGAAGGUAACAAUUAUAGAAACAUACUUUCCACCCGUAGAUUUCUUUAAUACUGAGUCAAAUUUUUGAUUCUGGGCGAGAAAUUAAAAGAGAAAUUCUGCACAGAAGCGAGGACAACAGUAGUUGUUUACAUGUCGACUAUAAACCCAAUUCGGAUAAUCAAGGAGAACCAGAAAUUUGUUUUAAUUUUACAUUUGAUAAUCUGAAUAAUGAAAUAGUCGAUGCCAACAGUACAUAACAAUAUUAAUGGCAUUGUGAAUAUAAAUGAUGUGAAUGUUUCCAUAAAUAUUGAUUUUUCGAAUCUUGUACUGAAUACGCAAACAAAUGAUGAAGUGGUGAAAGGUAAAAAAUUUGAUAUACCAUCCGAUCUUGAUUUAGAUGCUCGUCUACAAGCUGAAUUGGACUCAUUGCUACCGUCGAUGACAUCUGAGGAAUCCGAAAUAGAUGCUCGCCUACAGGACGAACUUGACUCUUUGCCCUUCAUCGAGGUGGAUAAUACAGAUCCACCUCCCCUUGGUUCAGAUCCACAAAAUUGUGCACAAAUCUCAUAUGCGGCAGUGGAAAAUGAAGUGCCAGUGGAUGAAAUUGGGUGCUCCGAACACAGAUUUUCUACAACCGAUGCGAACUUUCGGGUAUUUCCGAAACGGUCACGGUGAAGAUAUUCCCGUGUCUUUUGUUCUUGGACCAGAUGGUUUGGUGACCAAUGUUUCCAUGGUCUCUGAAGAUAACGGUAUUGGUUUGCCAUUGGAUCAGCAAAUGGAGAGCCUAACAGCUGCACAACUUGAUCAAAUACUGCAAAGUGGCCGUACAUAUUUAGCCUUUCCACCAACGGCUAAAUCAUCGUCAUCGUCGACAUCUUCGUCGGCCGCUGAUCGCAAAAUAGUUCCCAAGAAAGUAGAAGAAGAAGUUCCAGAUGAUGAAGGUCAUCCACGAAAACCAACUGUAAAAGAUGAAGCUGAUUAUGAGGAAAUUGGUGUAUGCGAUACAUUUGCCGUAUAUUGGGCCAAUAUUCUAUUUUGCGAUUAGCGGCCGACGAAGAUAUUGAAACCCUGCAAACAACAAGUCAUAUUUUUGAGGACCAGAAAACAUAACGCUAUUCAACUGCAUCUCAAGGUAAUAAAGAUGAAAUACAAUGUCAUCAAAAAACCGUUGCACUUUUUGUUUUCAAAAAAAUAAUUACUUCUUGGCGGAAUGCAAAGCUACGCUUUUGCCUUCAAUUCCCUUGAUAUUCAACCAGUUAUUAUAUCAUACAGAUUUUAACAAGCGGUGCUUUUAAACUUCUAAAUAUUUGUAUUUAGAAAGUUAAUAUACCUCGGAGCAAUUCGACAAAAUAUCAUUCAACGAGUCAAUGCCGUGAUAACGAGUCGUUCGACAUUGUAAAAAAAAACUUUCUGAAAAAAUAAGUAAAAAAAAAAAA